AUUACAUACAUGAUUAUUAGUAGAACUCGAUGAUUCUACAUCGCAUUUAGUAGGGUAAUAAUGCGACCAAGUACUGCAUCGAAUCAAACAAAAACUCUAAAAUGGAUGCUACGACUCUUUCCUCUAAUGGGUGGAUAUCGUACAAAGAAAAAUAUACUUAGUUACUUUACAAUAUUAUCUGGAUGUUUACUUGUAUUCCAUAUGUUUUUGGAUUUGGUUCUUUACUGGGAUGGAAUGGAGACUUUGAAACGUGUCAAAUUUCUUCCAGGAAUAUUUUUGUGUAAUAUUAAGGGAAUUUUCAGUAUAUUAAACUCAAUUAAGUUGAUUGAGUUAGUAAAAAUGUUGAAAUACUUUUGGCGUAUAGACAUAGCCGAUAAACCGUUACAAGAUAAACUUAUGAAGAUACAGAAAUAUAUUACAUACAUUUCUGCAUCGUAUAUUGUCGCAUGUAUAUUUUUAUGUGUUGCAUUUUCGCUUAAACCUUUUUUUGAAGAAGAGGCAAUAAUACUGAUUAUAUCUGAUUACGCGUUGUGUGAUUUGCGAGCGGCUUGGUGUUGGUGGACGAUGUUUAUUUGGCAAUGUUAUGCUAUUUCAUUUCAAAUCGCACCUUCAACUCUGGCAGUCGAUUGUAUUUUUGUUAUCUUCACUGGAUAUAUUUACACAGCGUGUCAGUUGUUUACGUAUGGUUUGAAAGAGUUGAAUGUUGAAGAUUUGACACGAAGACGACAUUUUUUGAAACUUGCGGUUAUGCAACACGAUGUGAUGAUGACAUUUGUUAGUAUGGUUGAUGGUUUGUUUAGUAUGGUUAUGUUACUGCAGUUUUGGUGCUGUUUAUGGUCAAUGAUAUUGUUUCUUAAUAUGCUGGUAUCUGAUGGAUUUCCUCCAAAAUUUGACGACGCUAUUUUCUACGGUAUAAUGUAUUUAUUAUUUGUUUUUCAAAUAACAUUGUACUCAGUAGGUGGUGCAAUAAUUGAAGACCAGAUUCGAAAUGUAUCUGACGAUAUAUUUUUGGUUGUGGAAUGGUUUAAAAAAGGCCGAACUGAUCUGCGUAAAGACUUGUCCUUGAUGAUUCAACGAGCUCAAAACACACGAGUAUUGAGUGCUGGUAAAAUGUCGGAAUUGAAUUUGGCACUAUGGAUUGUUACAAUGAAGAAUUCCCUUUCUGUGUUCACGUUGAUCUGGCAGUUGUCUACUACUCAAGAGAUGGAUGAUUAAUUGGAUAUAAAUCUAAAAAAGUUCCUAUAUUCUUCUUUAUUUGUGUUUUUUAGAGAAGAUGUAUGAAGGUUUAAAUAAAGAUGUUUUUAUUAGUU